CUCUCUCACAAUUUACACAUCCUCAUUUUGCUGUUGUCGUUGAAACCGACCAACCUGUUUUUAUGCGUUGUGCAUUCACGGUAGAAUUGCUGACUUUCUACACUACCUGGCCAUUCACCUGCACCCGUUGAACGCUGCCCCUCAUUCGUCUGUCUGGCCGUUGUACCGUUUUGGGGCCAAUGUCUGUACACGACUGAAUUGGCCUACACCACCUGCGCGCUCCCCUGCCUUGCCAGCGUCUGCGCUCUCACCUGAAAACGCUUCCCACUGCGGCUGACCUAAGCUACGUGGCUGCCAGAAAAGUGCCACCACAACCAACGGACGGGCGUAAACACCAACACAACAUCUUCGCACGACAAGCAGCAAACGCUGGCUGUUGCAAACCAGACCAACGUGCCAACCGUCGAGGCAUCUCUAGCACCAUUCAAAGACUUCCCAACUAGUGGUCUCUUGGCCCAAUCCAGCCACCUAGAAGGUCUGUGGCCUCGCACUGGCACGCAAUAAUACCCACCUGGUGCCGCAGUGCCGCAGUGCCUGGCAACCUUUGACGGACCCUUUGGGGUUUGUCAGCUCACCACCUCCAACAUCCCACUCUCCGGUCGUCCUCUGCUCGCUUCGCUGCAGUGCAGCCUCAUCGAGAUGCCACAAUCCUCGUUGUCACCCUUCCGAGACUUCCGCAAGAGCCUUGAUGCUGCCUCUCAUAACGAAUCAUCCCAAGACCUGGAGCGUGUACCUUUUUUAACGCAGGAACCCUCCUUUGAACGCAGCCCCGACUUAGAAAAUGGCGUCUUCCGCAGCCCCACUACCCAGAGUUCCGAUUCCUUGAAAAAUUUCCCCGUCUCCAUUACUCGAUUUACUCUACAUCAUGACUCGGAAUCGGGCUAUGGAGACGAUCUCACCUCCUCGAAGAGUAGUCGGCGCUUCUCCAGACUUGACUUUUGCACACGAUGUUUUUGCCUAGGCCGCAGAAAUCACAAAACAGAAUUCACAUACGAGCAGCCUCACAAGUCCAACCGGCCCUCUCCACUGAGAAGAGUUUUACGCCUGUUGGCAAUUGCCCUGAUGCUUCUUGGAAUCGUCGAGUUUAUCAUCCUUGCCUGUGGUGUUCUCACGGCUUUCUUCCCCGAUGAGUUUGAUGACUCGUUCGAAGCAAUAAGCUCAACCGAAUAUGUCCCCUCACAAUUAGGGCGAUGGCCCACCGAUUUCUCCGGAGACGUACAACCAGUUGCCUGCCACUCACACAAUGACUAUUGGCGGAAAGAACCUCUCUUUUCUGCUCUUAACGCAGGAUGUACAGGAGUAGAGGCUGACGUCUGGCUCUUCGAUGACGAUCUCUUCGUAGGCCAUUCAACAGCCUCACUCACCCCCGAGCGAACCCUGCGUAACCUCUACAUCAACCCUCUACUCGGGAUUCUCGAGAAACAAAACCCCAUCACCACCUUCCACCCCUCCCUCGAUAGCCCUCGAAACGGCGUUUUCGAUACCGAGCCAUCCCGAUCCCUCGUCCUCCUCAUCGACUUCAAAACUGAUGGGCCUACUCUUUGGCCCGUCGUUUCCGAUCAGUUGCAGCCUUUGCGAGACCUCAACUAUCUCACCUACUUUAAUGGCAGUACUGUCAUCGAGGGCCCCAUCACUGUUGUCGCCACCGGACAUGCGCCUUUCAAUUCCGUUGUCGCCGACUCUCACUAUCGCGAUAUCUUCUUUGAUGCCCCAUUGGAAUUCAUGGAAAGACUGAUGGAGACGAAAACCCCAUCUGGAGUUCCCGCUCAGGAAUCAUCCGUAGACUCUCCGCGUGAUAUUUCUGUUGAUGAAGAGUUGCCCACCUCUCAAAAUCAAGGUCAAGGUUAUUCUGGGUCGGCUCCACUAAACCCUGCCGUAUAUUCGCCAGCCAAUUCCUACUAUGCCUCAGUUGACUUCCGGCGGGUUAUAGGCUUUCCUUGGCGGGGUCAUCUUUCCCGGAGUCAAAAGGACAAGCUCCGCAAGCAGAUUGCAGGUGCACACUCUCGAGGCUUGAAAGUGAGAUACUGGAACGUGCCUGAUUGGCCAAAGGGACUACGAAACUACCUCUGGCGUGUCCUCGUCCGCGAAGGGGUCGACUAUCUUAGUGUGGAUGAUGUGCAUUCGGCCACGACUGGCAAAUGGGGUUGGGGCGAUAAAACACCAUGGUGGAGAGGUUCGUGGAAAUUUUGGCAUGCUCCCACCUCAUGAUUCCGGUCCAUGACAUUUUCUACGAGACGAGGUGAGCGACACGAAAGAUGAUUUUACGAUUGAAGACUAUAUAACAUUAAGCACACGCAUCAUCAUGUAUAUACCCUAUGGUUUGUGAAAGCCAUGACAAAGCUGCGAUGAGUGUGCGCAUUUUCAAGAUGGAUUUAGUCCAUGACAUAUGACACCGACAUCUCUGAGGCAGCGUCACUCAGCGCAGUUUUUGUCGAUUUGCAUCGCGGGGCGUUACAUGGAAGCUGUACAGGUAUCUAAAACACAGGCUCUGGGCUGCAUACAAUUGCAUGGCAAGACCUCAUCAACUAGCUCGAACAUCUCUGACGAUUUCCGUCUGAAUGAACAAGAUUCGAGCCA